CCGUGUGGAGUAUUACGUCAACGAGAACACGUUCAAGGAGCGCCUGCAGCUAUACUUCAUCAAGAAUCAACGGUCGAGCCUGCGCAUCAGGAUCGCAAACCUGGUGUUCAAGCUGCUCACGUGUAUGCUGUACAUCGUCAGGGUUAUCACCGACAACGACCCGACGCACGCAUCAUGUUACGGCUGUCCACCGGGCAACAACUCCGAGUACAUGCGGUCGAGCAACCUGACCGACGAGGAGUUCCAGGAGAACCCGGUCAUCAACUGGGACGCCAUCCUCUGGGUGAACCGGUCGCUGCUCAUGUGGAUCGUGCAGGUCAUCCUGGCCAUCAUCAGCCUCACAGAGGCCCUGCUCCUCGCCUACCUCGGUUACAAGGGAAAUAUCUGGCAGCAGCUGCUGUCCUUCCACUUCAUCCUCGAACUCGUCAACACGAUACCCUUCACGCUGACGCUCCUGUGGCCACCACUGCGCAACCUGUUCAUCCCGGUAUUCCUCAACUGCUGGCUGGCCAAGCACUCCCUCGAGAAUAUGUUCAACGACCUGCACCGGGCGAUGCAGAAGUCGCAGUCUGCGCUGUCGCAGCAGCUGAUGAUCCUGUCGGCGACGCUGCUGUGCCUCGUCUUUACCAGUGUGUGCGGGAUCCAGCACUUCCAGCGCGCCGGCCACCGACACCUCAACCUGUUCCAGUCGACGUACUACGUGGUCGUUACGUUCUCCACGGUCGGCUACGGAGACAUCGUACCCGACAUUUGGCCCUCGCAGCUCUACAUGGUCAUCAUGAUAUGUGUCGCACUCAUAGUGCUGCCCACACAGUUCGAGCAGCUGGCGUUCACCUGGAUGGAGCGCCAGAAGCUAGGCGGCUCCUACUCCUCGCACCGGGCGCAGUCGGAGAAGCACGUGGUCGUCUGCAGCACCACGCUGCACGCAGACACCAUCAUGGACUUCCUCAACGAGUUCUACGCCCACCCACUGCUGCAGGACUAUUACGUGGUGCUGCUGUCGCCGAUGGAACUGGACACGACGAUGCGCAUGAUCCUGCAGGUGCCCAUCUGGGCGCAGCGCGUCAUCUACAUCCAGGGGUCGUGCCUCAAGGACAGCGACCUGGCCAGGGCGCGCAUGAACGAGGCCGAGGCGUGCUUCGUGCUCGCCGCCAGGAACUACGCCGACAAGACGGCCGCGGACGAGCACACGAUCCUGCGCUCAUGGGCCGUCAAGGACUUCGCGCCGAGCGUGCCGCAGUACGUGCAGAUCUUCCGGCCGGAGAACAAGCUGCACGUCAAGUUCGCCGAGCACGUGGUCUGUGAGGACGAGUUCAAGUACGCGCUGCUGGCCAACAACUGCACCUGCCCGGGCGCCUCCACGCUCGUCACUUUGCUGCUGCACACCUCCAGAGGACAGGAGGGCCAGACUUCCCAAGAAGAAUGGCAUCGACUGUAUGGAAAAUGCUCUGGAAACGAAAUAUAUCAUAUUGUGCUGGGAGACAGCAGGUUUUUUGGAGAGUAUGAAGGGAAGAGCUUCACGUAUGCCAGCUUCCAUUCCCACAGAAAAUAUGGAGUAGCACUUGUUGGUGUGCGACCAGCAGAAUUACCUGAAUUUUAUGAGGAUACAAUAUUACUUAAUCCUGGCCCAAGACAUAUAAUGAAGAAGAGUGACACAUGUUACUACAUGAGCAUUUCAAAGGAAGAGAAUUCUGCCUUUAUUCUUGGGAACCAGCAGAAUCAGCUGUGUGCAGAAAGUGGAACUACAGCAACAGAUGACAAGGAUCACAGUAAGGAGACUGGUGAUGGGCAUAACACUAAAACUGAUGGUACCAAACUCCAACUCCAGAUUCCAAACUCCAUCCACGUCACUACAUCUUCUGAUAGCUGUGGAAAUUCAGAAUCAAAGCAAGGUCAGAAAGAGAAUAAUCCAUCCACCUUAACACCAGAUGUAGCAGUUACAGGAAAUCAUCUUGAUGUACCUCGACCUGGAGACAAUCCAAAUCUUUUAAGUCCAGAGAUUCUGAACCAAAGGAGAGGUAGCCGCCGUCCAAGUAUAUUGCCAGUUCCUGACAUGUUCACUAGUUCCUCUCUCAACAUUGCUGUAGAACCACAGGAUGAUGCAGGUGAUGAAAGUGAUGAUGAGUUAGAUGACGAUGUCCCAUGGAGAUCGCCAAGUGAAAAAAUUGCUUCUGGGACUACAGAUGGCUGUAUGACUAAGUCUUCUUGGCUUGGAGAAACUUGUCGCAUUGUGAAAGGCUUUCCACCUGUGUCUCCUUACAUAGGAGUAAGUCCAACACUGUGCUACCUCCUGAAGGAAAAGAAGCCUCUCUGUUGUCUCCAGCUUGCUAAGGUCUGUGAACACUGCAGCUAUAGAAAUGCCAAAGAGUAUAACUGGCAAAAUAAGACAAUAAUAUUAGCUGCUGAUUAUGCAUCCAAUGGAAUUUACAAUUUUAUAAUUCCUCUUCGAGCUCACUUUCGUUCCAAAACUUCACUGAACCCCAUCAUUUUACUGCUGGAACGAAGACCAGAUAUUGCCUUCCUUGACUCGAUAUCUUAUUUUCCUCUAGUAUAUUGGAUGCUUGGUUCCAUUGAUUGCCUUGAUGAUCUUCUGCGUGCUGGAAUUACAUUAGCAGAGAAUGUUGUUGUUGUAAAUAAAGAGAUGUCAAAUUCAGCAGAAGAAGACACUCUUGCAGACUGCAAUACCAUUGUAGCAGUCCAAACAAUGUUCAAAUUUUUUCCUAGCAUCAAAAGUAUCACCGAGCUUUCCCAAUCUUCAAACAUGAGGUUCAUGCAGUUUCGGGCCCAUGAUAAAUAUGCCCUUCAUCUCUCCAAAAUGGAAAAGCGAGAGAAGGAACGAGGAUCACACAUCUCCUAUAUGUUUAGGCUUCCAUUUGCUGCUGGUAGUGUAUUCAGUGCUAGUAUGUUGGAUACACUCUUGUAUCAAGCGUUCGUUAAAGAUUACGUUAUCACAUUUGUCAGACUUCUUCUUGGAAUUGAUCAAGCUCCAGGAUCUGGAUUUUUGACAUCUAUGAAAAUUACAAAAGAUGACAUGUGGAUCAGAACAUAUGGAAGACUGUAUCAGAAAUUAUGUUCAACAACGUGUGAGAUACCAAUUGGUAUCUAUCGUACACAGGAUACCUCACUUGCUGAUUCGUCCCACUGUUCCAUAAAUUUAGUGGAUGAAGCUCGAGAUAACCACACACAAAUGAUUGAACGUGCUGAAAUUGCAAAUUUGGUUCGCUCCAGAAUGGAAAGCCUAAAUCUGCCCAGUAUAGAUUAUGAUGAUGUCAGUGAGAAAAGGAGUAACUUGUCUUAUGUAAUUAUCAACCCAAGCUGUGAUCUCAAACUUGAAGAAGGAGAUAUUAUAUACAUAGUACGACCCAGCCCUUUCUCAGCACAGAAGACAUUUGAACGUCACAACAGCCGCCGGAAGUCAAAUAUUAGUUUCUGCUCUCAACAACUGGUACAACAGAUGGCAAAUUCUGCAGCUGGUAGUCGGCGCGGCUCCACUAUUGGAUUGUCUGGCUAUACACCAACUCCAAGACCCCCUCCACUUGUAACAACAAAAGCAAACUCCCUUUCCCUUCCAGAUAGUCCUACAGUUGCUGGAUGUGCCGCAAGUCCCAGUCCUGCAGGAUGCUACAGAGCACGAUCCAACUCCUUACGUGUUGCUGACGAUAUACUCUUGCGUCGUUCAAACUCCCUGCGUCAGGGAUUGGCACCCUCUGGUCCCACAAGACGAAAAAGCAGCCUAGAAGACCUAGGUUUCUCCUAUGCUUCCAACCAUAGCAACCCCAUUAAGAUAGCAUUGAAUGGAAGCAUUGGUCUAGAGGUGACACCACCAGAAGAAGGAAGCUCACAGAGUGAAAACAGCUGUAGUAACCUUCUCAGUACUGUAGCAACUGGUCUUUCUGUUGGUGGUAGCCCUGCAGGUGGCAGUGGGAGUGUUGGCAUCAGUGUCAGUUGUAACAGUGGCAUAUGUACCAAUACAGGUGCGAGAAGUAGUGGAGGAUGUUCAGGAACUGUAAAUAGUCAAGGACUGGGUAUUUGUGCACAGACUCCAAGUUCACUUGAUGUGUCAAGCCUUGUCAGCUGCAGUGUAGACAGCUGUCAGCCUCCUCCGUCUCCCGGCCCAUGUGCCAGCCCAACCCCUCUGGCUGAUCCCCAACACCUACAAGGUACACUUGUAUGAUAUCACCUUAUGUGGGGGAGGAGACUAAGCAGUGUAGUCCGGAACAAGUGGCUGUAAACUGAUUGCUCCUCAGCCCCACAGUGAUAAAUUCUGAAUAAGAAAAGUAUAACAGCUGAAUCUACUUCAGUACCUUGAAAACUAUAUUGAACUGUAAGAGUCUAUGUGCAAAAUGAGUGAAAUGGUACUGUUAGUACUUAGCUGUUGACAAAUAACAACUUUCUAGUACAACUUAGUACAUAAAAUUAAAUAGGUGCUACUUUGAGAUAUUUUUAAUUUACUGAUAAGUGAAGAAGAAAUGAGUCAUUUUAAAACAACAUAUGUUGUUUACAGAUAACUACAGAAAUUAGGGCAUGUUUUGCUUCCUCGAUAUCUGUCUACUUACUCUUGUUGCACAUAUUGCCUCUUCAACAGACAGAGACUGUUGAUAUAAGCUAAGAAAAAUAUCAGAUGGGCUAAGUAGAAAAGGAAUGAUUCUUCACCAGCCCAUCAUUUCUAUUUUUCUCGAUUAUCAUUCUCUUGGCUGAUAUAUUCUCCGGUGUGGCACCGAAUGAGUUGGAAAUGGGAACAAAUAGUGUGUAGCUGUAAGUUAUCUUGAAGACUUUUUAGAAACUGAAAACUAUUUGGUGUGCUGCAUAGCAACAUCAUUGCCUUGUAAAUAUCAUCUAUUACAUACCAUAUGUAUAGUGUACAGUGAUAUAAAUAAGAGUGUGCAUUUAAAUGAAAUAUAUAAGAAGUUUGUAUAUUUUGUUUACUCUGUAGCAGAAAUAAUUCUGAAGCUUAAGACUGAAGUUGUAACUAUUAAAAAUAUAAAUUUAUAAUGAAAUAUACUCUCAAAUAGCAUAUUAUUUAGAGAAAGAGCAACUGUUUUAUCAAAUAAUUCUUAGUUUUCUUAAAAUUACUUCUAA